AUGGCCGAAGGAGAACCUGUUCCAAACGAUGCUCUUGUCCAAAUGAUGACCGCAAUGAGAGAGGAGUUGAGGAACAUGACUCAACAAAUGGGAAACAUUCGGCAAGAACUUGGAGCCAGGAUAGACCGAGUUGAGGCACAACCAAGGAGAGCCCCAGUUCGAGGAGCACAAGUGCCAGCCGGUGACGCGAGUGAUGAUGAAGAGAUGCCCGAACUAGGGGAUGAAUUUCCACCUGAUCCUCUUCAGCAUCGGCAGCAGAGGAGGCCGGAUCCUCUAAGGAGAAACCCAGCUAGGGUAGCCGAUACCCGAGAGCAAACUCAUGAUCUCAAGCUAACACCUCCUACUUUUGCAGGAAAGUCGGACCCCGAGGCAUACUUGGAUUGGGAGAGGCGACUAGAGCACAUCUUUGAGUGCUAUGGCUACGCUGAACGCAAGAAGGUGGCUGUUGCGGCUGCCCAGCUUACUGACAACGCCUUAGCAUGGUGGGACAGAAACGUAGCCGAGAGAAGGAGGCAACGCUUUGGGCCAGUCGUCACUUGGAGCGACAUGAAAUUCCUCCUACGACUUAGGUAUGUACCUGAACACUAUCAUAGAGACUUACAAAAGCGUUUUCGCAAAUUGUCUCAGGGAAACAGAAGCGUAGAUGAAUAUUUUGGGGAGUUUGAGAAGCUGAUGAACUCGUUGGAGUUAGAAGAAUCGGAGGAAGCCUUGAUGGCGCAGUUCAUCGACGGUUUACAAGAAAGGAUAGCAAGAAAGGUGGAGAGAGCUCAAUAUAGUGGGUUACACGAGCUAUUGCACCUUGCCGUUCAAGUGGAGCAGCAAAUCAAGCGCAAGACCGCUCUUACUAGCCGCAACCGCACGAGCCAACCAUGGAACGCCAGCAGCUCUAAGCCGGUAGAUAAAGGCAAAGCCGUGGAGAUUGAAUCAAGAUUCAAAGGCAAAGGCACCGAGGCUCCCAAAUUCAACCGAGCCGAACAAGGUAAGUCCUCUAACCCCACAUCAAGAACUCGUGAUAUAACUUGUUUUAGAUGUCAAGGCAGGGGUCACAUGUCAAGGGAGUGCCCAAAUCAGCGAGUCAUGAUCAUUACCCCUAGUGGUGACUAUGAAUCGCAAGAUGAACAAGAAGAUGAAUCUAACGACUUGGGGGAGGAGGUUGAAUAUCCCGACACUGGUGAACUCUUAGUGACUCGCCGAGUGCUAAGCGUCCUAGUUCACCCUGAGGAGACAGCCCAAAGAGAGAACAUAUUUCAUACUAGAUGCACCGUCAAGAACAAGGUAUGUAACCUUAUCAUAGAUGGUGGUUCAUGUACUAAUGUGGCUAGCAAGUAUAUGGUGGACAGGUUAGGUCUUGAGAAGACAAAGCAUCCUCGUCCUUAUAAGUUAAGGUGGUUAAACGACCAGACCGAGCUCAAGAUCUCCGAGCAAGUGUCCAUACCGUUUAGUAUCGGCAAAUACCAUGAUCAAGUCACUUGUGAUGUGGUGCCCAUGCAAGCCGGACAUCUAUUACUCGGUAGACCGUGGCAAUUCGACCGAGCCACAACCCACAAUGGUCGCACCAACCAUUACUCUUUCAUGUACAAGGAGCGUAAGUACAAUCUUGCGCCUCUAAGCCCCACCGAGGUACAUGAGAUGCAAGUGCACAUGAACAAAGAAUCCGAGCUAAGUAAAAGCAGUCUUUAUUUAUCAUCUAGUGAUGUUUACAAAACCAUGAGUGCCAAUGGCACCGUGCUACUGAUGAUGUUUAAAGAAUGUCUAAGCGCAGGUUUAGGUGACCCUGAGAUACCAUUUGAAGUGCAAGCGAUUCUGAACAAGUUCAAGGAUGUAUUUCCCGAAGAGAUACCACCAGGAUUGCCACCACUUCAUGGAAUAGAGCACCAAAUCGACUUAGUUCCCGGUUCAGCUUUGCCCAAUAAGCCAGCUUAUAGAAUGAACCCCGAGGAGACUAAGGAUCUAGAGAGACAAGUACGCGACCUAAUGGACAAGGGUUAUAUCCGUGAGAGUCUCAGUCCUUGUGCUGUGCCGGUUCUCUUAGUACCCAAGAAAGAUGGUACAUGGAGAAUGUGUGUGGACUGA